AUGCAAUGGUAUGAAGUUGAAGACGUGCCUUGCGGUGUGCCCUGCUGGGAGAAGGGGACAGCAGUCAGUGUCUGGACAGUGGCCCACCCUCAUCUCAGGUCUCUGCCAGGCCUUUGCCCGUCGCUCCCUCGCCUCCGCUUCUGUAACCCGGACGCCUCGGAGCGGACCCCGCCCCCGGGCCAAUGGGGACCCAUAGAGCUGGCGGAGGCGGCCAAUCGCGGGCCCAGGGGGCGGAGCCGUGUCACGUGGCUCGCGGGGGGCGUGGUGCCGGCGGUCGCCUGGCACGCGGCGGGCCUCGAGACCGCGCGGGGUGGGAUCCGCUGGGUGAGCAGCGCCGGCGGCGGCGUGUGA